GUGCUAGCGUACAGGGGCCACAGCAUUUCCUCUGGCUGCAGGAAGGCAGCAGUAUUGUGCAUUGUUUUAGGAAAUACUUAAUUGCGUGGCUAGUUGAGCUUUGGUGUUUGCUACAUUGAGAAUCACUCAGUACAGCACAGAGCGGCAGAGAUGAAUGCUGUAGUCAGUGAGGAUCUGUACACUGCAGAGUUCUGUUUUGAUGACAGCAGCACUUAUGGUCUUUUUAGUGUCACCAUUGUAUAAUGUUGGACACUGCAGACAUUCUUGAGUUUGAUUGAGAAUGCAAGGGCCACAGGAAAUGUUAUUUAAAAUUUUGUAUUUUGAUGGAUUUUUUGUUUACUGUGUUGUGAAUUUGCUGCUGUUACUAGUCGGAAUUUAGAGUUUUGAUAUCAGUAGCAAUUAUUUAACCCUUCCAAUACUGCUGUUAUGUUUGCUGGGUUUCUACGAUUCCUACUACUUCAUACGUUGCAUUCUGGAACAGGUGACUUGGAUUAUUACUGGCUGGAUCCUGCCACGUGGCAUAGUCGGGAGGCCUCACCUAUUAGUUCGCAUCCUGUAACGUGGCAACCGUCUAAAGAGGGUGAUCGGUUAAUUGGACGUGUUAUUCUUAACAAAAGAACAACCAUGCCCAAAGAAUCAGGUGCAUUACUGGGACUUAAAGUUGUUGGAGGAAAAAUGACUGACUUAGGACGCCUGGGUGCUUUCAUCACCAAAGUGAAGAAGGGUAGCCUUGCAGAUGUUGUUGGCCAUCUAAGAGCAGGGGAUGAAGUUCUAGAAUGGAAUGGUAAACCCCUGCCUGGAGCUACAAAUGAAGAAGUUUACAACAUUAUUUUAGAAUCAAAAUCAGAACCUCAAGUUGAAAUUAUUGUUUCAAGGCCUAUUGGUGACAUUCCCAGAAUUCCUGAGAGCUCUCAUCCUCCACUGGAGUCCAGUUCAAGUUCCUUUGAAUCUCAGAAGAUGGAAAGGCCUUCUAUUUCUGUGAUUUCUCCAACAAGUCCUGGAGCUCUAAAAGAUGCCCCACAAGUGUUACCAGGGCAACUCUCUGUGAAGCUGUGGUAUGACAGAGUGGGGCACCAGCUGAUCGUGAAUGUUCUACAAGCAACAGAUCUACCCCCUAGAGCAGAUGGCCGGCCUAGAAAUCCCUAUGUAAAAAUGUAUUUUCUUCCAGAUAGAAGUGACAAAAGUAAAAGGAGGACCAAAACAGUAAAGAAAGUUCUAGAACCCAAAUGGAACCAAACUUUUGUCUAUUCCCAUGUACAUCGUCGCGAUUUUCGAGAGCGGAUGUUAGAAAUAACUCUGUGGGAUCAGCCUAGGGCACAAGAAGAAGAAAGCCAAUUUCUUGGAGAGAUCCUUAUAGAAUUGGAGACAGCACUUUUAGAUGAUGAGCCACACUGGUAUAAACUUCAGACCCAUGAUGAGUCUUCACUACCUCUGCCCCAGCCGUCACCCUUUCUGCCCAGGCGACAUCUUCAUGGAGAAAGCUCUAGCAAAAAGCUCCAACGAUCUCAGCGAAUCAGUGAUAGUGACAUCUCAGAUUAUGAGAUUGAUGAUGGUAUUGGAGUAGUUCCUCCAGUGGGUUAUAGGUCUAGUGCUAGAGAAAUUAAAGCAACCACAUUAACAGUGCCGGAACAGCAAAGAACCACUCACCACCGCUCACGCUCAGUAUCUCCUCAUCGCGGCGAUGAUCAGGGAAGGCCGCGUUCACGUUUACCAAAUGUGCCAUUACAGAGGAGCUUAGAUGAAAUUCAUCCAACCAGAAGAUCACGCUCUCCAACCAGACACCAUGAUGCCUCCCGAAGUCCCAUUGACCAUAGAGCCAGAGAUAUGGACAGUCAAUAUUUAUCUGAACAAGACAGUGAGCUUCUUAUGCUGCCCAGAGCAAAACGAGGACGAAGUGCAGAAUGCCUACAUACUACCAGUGAACUACAGCCCUCGCUUGACAGGGCUAGGAGUGCUAGUACUAACUGCUUGAGACCAGAUACUAGUUUGCAUUCACCAGAACGAGAAAGGCACUCCAGAAAGUCUGAAAGAUCUAGCAUCCCAAAACAGACUAGGAAAGGCACUGGCUCUGAUGCGGAAAGAAUGCAAAGACAAGGAAGUUCCAGCCAAUCUCCCCCAACAGACAGCGGCCUGGGCAGCCGGAGGGGAAGACAGCUUCCACAGGUGCCGGUGAGGAGCGGCAGUAUAGAACAAGAGUCAGGACACAAGAAGUUAAAAAGCACCAUUCAGAGAAGCACAGAAACGGGCAUGGCAGCGGAAAUGAGGAAGAUGGUGAGACAGCCAAGCCGGGAGUCUACUGAUGGCAGCAUCAACAGCUACAGCUCAGAGGGAAACUUAAUAUUUCCUGGAGUGCGACUGGGUGCUGACAGCCAGUUCAGCGAUUUUCUUGAUGGACUGGGUCCCGCCCAGCUGGUUGGACGCCAAACCCUCGCCACCCCUGCGAUGGGUGAUAUACAAAUUGGAAUGGAAGAUAAAAAGGGCCAGUUAGAAGUAGAAGUUAUUAGAGCACGAAGCCUCACACAAAAACCUGGUUCCAAAUCUACACCUGCUCCUUAUGUCAAAGUCUAUCUUUUGGAAAAUGGAGCCUGUAUAGCCAAAAAGAAGACAAGAAUUGCACGGAAAACUCUUGAUCCUUUGUAUCAACAGUCCUUGGUUUUUGAUGAAAGUCCACAGGGAAAAGUUCUUCAGGUGAUCGUGUGGGGAGACUAUGGCAGAAUGGACCACAAAUGCUUUAUGGGUGUGGCUCAAAUCUUACUGGAAGAACUGGAUCUGUCCAGCAUGGUGAUUGGAUGGUACAAAUUGUUCCCGCCCUCAUCACUGGUGGAUCCCACACUCACUCCCCUGACCCGUCGGGCUUCCCAAUCUUCUCUGGAAAGUUCAACUGGGCCUCCCUGCAUCCGAUCAUAGUGAAGUUGGAGUUUUUCCAGUAAACCUCUAUCUUGCAGGAUAACAGUUGAACCAGAUAUUUCACGAUCAAAAAGCAUUGUUGGAGACAAUCAACUUGUGUUUUUGCCUGUAGUAGUUUUUCAAUACUAUGUCCCAAUUGUUUAAAACAUGGCUUCAUAUGACAGAACAAGGCAAUCUACCAAAUUAGAGGAAGAAUCAAUGUGCUAGUGAGAGUCACUGAUGCUUCUAACAAAUAGAAAAAGAGGAAACUUCAGAUGCACACACACACACACACACACACAUACCACCAUCACCACCACACCAAAUUGAACAAACUGGAAACUCUCACUUUCUGAAAAGUCAUAAUUUACACAUUUCUGCACAGACCACAAGCAGUGUUAUUUUCCUGGUGUUUGAGAAACAUACUUGUUUCCAUGUGUGUGUGUUAUUGAUUUUUGUUUUUGUCAGUUUUUUUGUUUGUGUCGGUUCCUGUUUUCUUUGUUCUCAUUGUAAGUGAUUUCCACUCCUUUUUUGGGCUGUAUCAUAAAAGGUUUCAGGAUGCUAACAGAGACCCUUCCUUUCUUUUUCCAAAAGCACUAACUAAAAAGGGCUGAAGUAGUCUCUGUUGCAUUAACAAGUAGUCAACAACUACAAAUUGACACCAGUGAACAGUUUCACUAGCUUUCAUGUCAUAGUUAAAGUCUUAUGUGUGGAAACCCAAAAGACAAGAAGUUAUCUUCCAAAACUCACCCACCACAGCUUUGUCAAUGAAGAACAUCCCUGUCUGCCGUCCACACAUGUCCCGAUGUUUUCCAUUGUUUUGCAUGGAAGACUUUAUAGUCAAUCUACAACUAAUGCUGGGAACUCAAAGUAAUUGCAUAAUUGUACCUUGAAAACACUCCUGCUAGUACCUUCUUCCUUCCUGAUAUCUAAAACAACUCUGCUGAUGUAGACAAACUUUACUUCUGACUUCCCCAAAUGGUGACUAGGAAUGAAUUGGAGCCUAAGACACUUUCAGCUACACCCAGGCUUCUGAGCCAUGCUCCAGUGCAAUUUUUCACCUGCCCUGGAAAGAGGGUGGUAUGAGCUGUUCAGUAUUUCACUGGAUAUUCCAGUUGAAAUAUUCUGCACUAAACUAAUGUUUUUCUAUUGAAUUUCAGUUUACAUUUCUUUGAGGUCGAAGCAAGCACAAAGCUUGAUUUUUUUAAAUGCCAAGUAUCUUACUCUUUUUUUUUUUGGAUGGGGGGAGGGAAUCAAACCAAGUCAAAUUCUCAUUUGCAUUUUCUUCAUUUUGAGUUUUCCCUGACCUUGAAUAUCCCUUUGUGUAACCAUGCAACAAACUUCAGACACACAGGUGUAUCAGUCCGUUCUCUCUCCUUUUAUGAGUCAUUCAACUUUUGUGAUUACACAAAAUAGAGCAGCAUGACUUGGAACUGUUCAAAGCUGCAUGCACAUUUUGUAAAAAAAAAAAUGAAAAAAAAAGCAAAGAAACAAAAGGUUAUUUAACAAUGUAUGUUAGUUUCACAUAGGCUUGUCUGUUGCAUGUAUGUACAGUUUGCUUGUUAAUUACUCUAUUGAAAAUAACCAAGAAAUCUAAGCCAUCCAUUUUUGUUAUAGACAUUUUGCAAGUUUUAACUAGACUCCACCUCUUAGGGGUCUGGGCUGAAAUGUCUAUAGAUGGACUUUAUUUUUUAAACCCUCUGGAAAAUGUGAUGUAGUAUGGACCAAAUUCCUUCUAAUGAAUAUUUUGGUGUAGAUUCCUUUCGUGGGACUGUAACACAAGUAGACACUGUGUCCACACUAGGUUUUAAUCCAUAGACAUACUGCCUGCACCAAGUAAAUUAUUAUUUAUUAUUUCCACAUGCCAGAAUUUUAUCUGCCCAUCAUUCCACGGGGCACAGAUUGACCACUGCUCACCAUGCCGAGCAGGGAGAGCUGAAGCAUUGGUGCACUUGUCCUAGAUUCCGUUCUGUCUUAGUGGCCAACAAUCAACUGACUAUAGAAUUGGGGUAGCAUCUUUCUAUUCUGACCACUUGUCUUAACACUCUUCUCCAACCCCUGUGCUUUUAAAAUGAACUCCCAACUCAUGGAUGUAAACAUGUUUAAUAAAUUUUACUUUUCAUGUCUGAUAGUAGCCAUCUGUGUUCUAUGUCUGGCCAGAUUUCCAUUGUGGAUUCGAUGGUGCAAAAAUGGGAGCCAGAUUAUGGCCAGGGGAGGCUGGGGCUCAUUGUGUGCUUGCUAGCCUUGGAGACAUGACUUGUCACUGCACUCUCUAUGUCUUCUUCUCCGGCCUAAAAGGUACUUUGCAUCACAAACAAGUUUUUCACUCUGUCAGCCUGUCUUAAGUGAGCACAUGAUUAUACUUCUGAAAAGUGGCAUUAUUAAAAAAAAACAAUAAAUCUCAGUAAGAAUCAAAUGAAGGUUGUUUUUCUGCUACUGUUUGAAUGUGCUAAUAAAGGAGAGAACU